CCCCGUCGUUGACUCGAUCGUGGUGGUGCCUUCCAUCUUUGCUGAGCACUUUUGUUGCUUACACACCCCCCCGGAGGCCGACCGGUCCUCGUUCCCUUUUUUUUUCCGAGCCCCGAGCUGCUAAGGCGCCGCCCACCUCGCCCGUCUCAAUUGCCUGCCGUCCUUCGCUUUCCCUACCCCCCUCAGCGCUGCAACCCGCACACGCAAUGCCUUCGCACCAGCCCACCGCUGGCAUGAUGGCCGUCGACCCCGACUACACCAAGCAGCCUUCUCCAAUGGCGAGCACCUCGGAGCCCAACCGCAAUCCGAAAUACGACCCCAAGAAGCCACACAUUACCGACCUGCCCAUUACAAAGGCCAACUGGUACAAGCACGUCAACUGGCUCAAUGUCACCUUUAUCAUUGGCAUCCCCCUCGCCGGCUGCGUCGCUGCCUUCUGGACGCCGCUCAAGUGGCAGACUGCCGCCUGGGCCGUCCUCUACUACUUCUGGACGGGCCUCGGCAUCACGGCCGGCUACCACCGUCUCUGGGCACACAAGUCGUACAACGCCAGCCUUCCUCUGAGCAUCUUCCUUGCUCUUGUUGGCGGCGGUGCCGUCGAGGGCUCCAUCCGCUGGUGGAGCCGUGAUCACCGCGCCCACCACCGCUACACCGACACCAACAAGGACCCCUACAGCGUCCGCAAGGGACUUCUCUACAGCCACCUGGGCUGGAUGGUCAUGAAGCAGAACCCCAAGCGCAUUGGCCGCACCGACAUCACGGACCUGAACGAGGACCCCGUUGUCGUCUGGCAGCACAAGCACUACAUCAAGGUUGUCAUCUUCAUGGGCCUCAUCUUCCCCUCUGCCGUCGCUGGUCUUCUGUGGAACGAUUGGAAGGGUGGCUUCAUCUACGCCGGUAUCCUCCGCAUCUUCUUUGUCCAGCAGGCCACCUUCUGCGUCAACUCGCUCGCCCACUGGCUCGGCGAGCAGCCCUUUGACGACCGCAACAGCCCCAGGGACCACGUCAUCACUGCGCUUGUCACUCUCGGUGAGGGCUACCACAACUUCCACCACGAGUUCCCCUCGGACUACCGCAACGCCAUCGAGUGGCACCAGUACGACCCCACCAAGUGGUCCAUCUGGCUGUGGAGCAAGCUCGGCCUCGCCUCCAACCUCAAGCAGUUCCGUGCCAACGAGAUCGAAAAGGGCCGUGUCCAGCAGCUCCAGAAGAAGAUUGACCAGAAGCGCGCCAAGCUCGACUGGGGCAUUCCUCUUGAGCAGCUUCCUGUCAUUGAGUGGGACGACUACGUUGAGCAGGCCAAGAACGGCCGUGGUCUGAUCGCUGUCGCUGGUGUUGUCCAUGAUGUUACCGACUUUAUCAACGAGCACCCCGGAGGCAAGACUCUGAUCAAGAGCGGCAUUGGCAAGGACGCUACUGCCAUGUUCAACGGCGGUGUCUACUUCCACUCCAACGCUGCCCACAACCUGCUCUCCACCAUGAGGGUGGGUGUCAUCCGUGGUGGAUGCGAGGUCGAGAUCUGGAAGCGUGCCCAGAAGGAGAACAAGGAAGUCAACAUCAUGAAGGACGACCAGGGCAACCCAAUCAUCCGCGCUGGCAACCAAGUCACCAAGGUUGCCCAGCCUAUGCUCAGCGCCAGCGCGGCAUAGAUUGUUAUCUCCUUUGUAUCAGCGAGGCUCGGCGUUUGGGGCAUGUCUUUUGACUUGGAGGUGUCAUAGCAUUUUCCUUUCAUAGCUUUCGCUAGUGAGCAUCGAGGAUACGAUGCUCUAGUACCAUUAGACAAUUUGUUUUUAGCCUUUGAAGAGCAGCAAGCUUAGAAAAGUGAGCUUUUACGGUCCAGGCCGAGAAUGAUAUCCAUGAACUU